AUGCUGGCGUCCGGAGCCCUGGAUUUCCAGAAGACGCGCUACGCCAGGUUCAUGAACCACCGUGUUCCCUCCAACCGCAGGUACCAGCCGACAGAUUACGAGCAUGCGGCCAACUGUGCCACACACGCGUUCUGGAUCCUGCCCAGCAUCCUCGGCAGCUCCAUCCUCUACGUCCUCUCCGAUGACCGGUGGGAGACCAUCUCAGCCUGGAUCUAUGGCUUUGGCUUGUCCAGCCUCUUCAUCGUCUCCACCAUCUUCCACACCAUCUCCUGGAAGAAGAGGCAUCUCAGGACCGUGGAGCACUGCUUGCACAUGUUCGACAGGAUGGUGAUUUACUUCUUCAUUGCAGCAUCAUAUGCUCCAUGGCUGAACCUAAGGGAGCUGGGGCCCUGGGCCUCCCACAUGCGCUGGAUCAUCUGGAUCAUGGCAUCUGUCGGCACCGUCUACGUGUUCUUCUUCCACGAGAGGUACAAGCUGGUGGAGCUGGUGUGCUACGUGAUCAUGGGCUUCUUCCCUGCCUUGGUCAUCCUCUCCAUGCCCAACAGGGAUGGCCUCCCAGAGCUGGUGGCCGGCGGGAUUUUCUACUGCCUGGGCAUGAUCUUCUUCAAAAGCGAUGGCCGCAUCCCCUUCGCCCACGCCAUCUGGCACCUCUUUGUGGCCAUUGGAGCUGGCAUCCAUUACUAUGCCAUUUGGAGGUACCUCUACCGGCCCGAUGCACUGGAGUCCAAAACGUCCCGAUAGACGCCUUAAGGACACUUCACA